GGCGCACGUAACACCACUCUGCGUCCUUGCCUGGUGGUAGAAUUUGUAGGCCACCCACGCGGUUGAAGAGGACGGUUACGCUGCCGAAGUCUGUGUGUUGACCUAGCGCCGUGCGCCUAUCGUCUGGCGGCUGCGGCGGCGCUUUGAUCAUUCGUACCUGAUCACCGCUGACAGCGUCGAGGCGGUGCAUGUUUGCUAGGGUGGAUGGGGGCAGGUGGAGACUCUCAUUUAGCAGGUUGAGGAUCAGGGUUACGAUGCUGUGGGCAUUGGUCAUGAAUGAUUUGAAAACCGGUCGUGAUUUAUUGAGGAAAUCCGGCGCUGGCAGGGGUUCUGAGAUUCCGAAGAUAUCGUCCUUGGAAACCUGGUUGUGUUUUUGGUUAGCCCUUGUUCAAUGGACUGCGCCUAUAUAACUCAAUAGCCAACAUUAUAUCCGGAAUCUUCAAGGACCUUGAUUGCUGAAACGCUUGGGUGACUAUGGUUGGUAAAAGGGGCAAUGAUACAUUAUAAAAUUCAUUCCUAUCAGGAUUCCCUUCCCUGUCCACGACCGCUGCGCCAGUUUCCUUGUAUCCAAAGUAUGAAUUCUCUUUGCUGAAAUCAUAGCGCCGUUUCUCGUCGAUGUCUAGUUCGAAUAACUGCUCCCCGAUCCCAAAGAGUUGAUCAGCAUCUGCCAGGAUCGCAGUACCGCGCAGGUCCAAAUAGAAGAACCCCAAAUCCUUGCAUGCGCUGUAUAAGCGUAGCACUUCGGUCUCGUCUUGGCUUAGGAGCUUUUCCAGCGAGAGACGCAGAAGCGGGGCGCAGGGCACAUCGUCUGCGAACGGAGGGAUUCCGGCGAAGUUCUUUUCAUAAGACAUCUUCUUUUUUGUUCACGGGGUUGUCAACACUAGAUUUGCGUCCGGAAAAGAUGGGAAAUUAGCUAUCUCUGAGGCAUUUCUCGGAGAAAUAGCAACGAUAUAAAUAGUACUUAGAUCUGGCGCAAUGGUUUGGGGACCCAUCAGAUGGCCGUGGGGCUCGGUCGUUCUCCCCGCUGCACUGAUGGUCCCAGUCCACGAGGGCGGGGAAGAGCGGAUAUGCCGAGGCCCCGUUUCUCAAAUCGCAGACUCGCAGCGAGUUCCGCCAGAAGAUAUCCAUGGAUGUAUGUAUAUCCGGUAUGUGGGGAGGGAGGGUGAUCGGCUUUACAAGCGCGAGUUUUCUAAUAUGCCUUUUCAAUCAUUCAUGGCUAUAACUUGGCGCACACGCCAGUAAUGAACUAUUAAUAUGCUAGCAAUAUCCCUCUCCAGCUAGAUAUGCCGGGUAUAAGAUUUGAUUUACAGAUGAUAGCCAUGCUCAUCGUUGGAAUGCACUGUUAGCACUGUGGAUUGGACGAGAUUGUGUGGAGGCCUGCUUAGUCACCACAAUUUUCUACAUUGACGAUCCACCACCGCCAGGACAUGACAUGAACGCUGCUGAAUAGCCCUCACGACGAUCAUGGCGCCCUCAGAUGCUGCCCCUAAUACGCGCGCCCAUAUUGCGCAGCAGCUGAUAUCCCGCGCACAUUCACCUGAUACAGCUUCAACCAUUUUCACGGAGAAAGUAAAGCAGAAACCUCUCUUCCUCGGCCCGACAUCCCCCACACCUGCCGAUAACCGCUCUCGCCGACGACUCCACCGCUUGCGAAAGAAGGAAUAUUUCCUGCGUAAACAAAAACCGAAGCCCCUUUCUGCUCGGGAGAAGAGACUUACUGGCAUAUAUGACCUACCGAAGAAGGAGAUCAAAUACGACAUCUUCAAACGCCUCCACCAGAUGUGGAUUGAAUACAUGCACGACGUGCUUGAUUUGAAACGGGACAACCCCCAAACCUAUAUUAAUCCAUUAGUCCAUGGGAGUUUAGUGGCCAGCGCGGAUUUCCAUGGAGCGGAGCUUGAGGUCGUACGUAGCAGAUGUGUUAGUCGCGUUGGUGUGAAGGGCAUAGUUGUGCGGGACUCCAAAUUUACAUUCGUUGUAGUAACAGAGAAAGAUGAAGCUAAGACAAUUCCAAAAGAGCAUACGAUAUUUCGUUUCCAAGUGCCCCUUCCCACCAGCGGCGGCGAACAUAUGGAAACGGACAAGAGCAAUCUUAUUUUCGAGCUACAUGGCAGCCAGUUCGAGAAUAGGCCCGUUGAUAGAGCCAACAAAAAGUUCAAGUGGAGGAAUAUAGACUAUCUUUGAGUACCCCAAUGUCAUAACCUGCAAGCCAACUAGCUACCUCGGAGGGUCCCACGACUUUCUCGAGCAGAAAUAGACACCUGCGUGGGCCUCGUUCAGUAUUUCACUCGAACACCGGACGUGGGCCUCUUAACAUAUCUGGCAAAAUAACGACAAGAGGCAAUGAUCCUCCUCAAGCAAGGCGGUGAAUUUGUUCGUUGGCACCUUAUUAUUUUCGGCAUGUUGAUUUCAACCGACGGCAGAAAAUCUACAACCAUACACGGGGUGUUGAGGGGAAAGGACAAGCUAAAUUUACCUGGAAGAAGAGGGUAAUUCUGGAUCGCUCGAAUCGCGUCCUCCAUCUAGCUGGGUAUGAAAGAAGUGCCAGUGCUUUUUCUCGGGCGUCAUGCAGGUUACUAUGAGUGUCCUGUGUGCGAUCGAGAGGGCGGAGGUUCCGUCAAGGGAUACAUCCUUAACCGUCUUGGAUAUCUUCUCCAUUUCAAUUGGGGAUAUACUAUUGUUUAACCUGGAGAGUCCUCUGGGCGCAGUCGGGGAGAUAGGAUUGCUGACCGUAUGCUGCUCCUAGAGCCUGGCUGAUAUACUAGAACUUUUGACAAGGGAUGAAUGGGUGUCAAAUCGUUUGUUGGGACGGGAAACUUCGCGAACUUACAUUCCCCUUGACGUGUGUCAUAUAUUAUUAUCCGUCUAUAUCACCACGCGGUGCAUGAUUGUUGUUUACUUCCUUUACCUUGUCUCCCUCCUGUUAGCAACUACGGCGAGAUUGAGUGUGGAAUCGACUUCAAUGGAAUCCAUGUUACUUAUGGCACGUAAUGCUCCGCCAACAUGGCCUUCAAUUGUUCCCCGCCUUAUUCAUUGCAACUCCAGUCCAUCAAAUUGGUUGCUACCGCUACACCUGCUUCCGAGCAUGGCUGUGUGAAAUCUUUAUCAAUUUGUGCAUCUUAUGUUGGUUCUGGAUAUUAUUGCAUGUGCUUGAGGAAAAGUAAAAUUUCAAAACGUUUUAAGGAGUAAAUUUAUACAUUCCUCAUCAUAUCAAUACUCAACGUGAUGCGUUGUUACAUUAGUGGCGUUCACCUUGAAACGGUGUCCAUUAAGCUAAUACAACAACUGGCAUAAUACCGUCGUCAUAAUUCAGAUGACAUAUAUAGUGAAAGCUUCGCUCUCAACGCUAGUAGCUCCUCUUAUAUAUCCAGUCGCAUCCAUUGUCCACUACUUCACGGUAGGCAGGCUGUUGGUGUGUUCGGCUGGCGGGCAUUCCACACAAGGUGUGCUACUGGGCCUGUUUAUUGAGAUAGGCAAUCCCAAUCCUACAGCAUGGAGUUAUUGUCGACCUUGUUACUUCGAGGUAUCUUGCGUUGUAUCUUGUUGUUGGCACCGUGGUUUGAUGUGAAGAGUGGAUUCUCAACCAUGGCUGGUUCUUGGUAGAUAAUUAGGUUACGGAUGAUGUAUUCCAUUUGAAGUUCCACAGAACACGUCGUUUCCAGGCAGACUCGAUGCCCCUCUCGGAAUGCAAAUGCCAUGGCUAUCGCCAAGUCCUAACCGGCUAAUAUCGAGGUGCAUACCGCCGAUGUUCAGUGGGGUAUUGUAAAAUAUCCACAAAAACUCAUCAGGAGAAGUCUCGAUAUGAGUGUCAUCAGGCCACUCUGCACCGCCGAUAAGAAAACCUUUCUUGACGCCAGUUCCCAAUCUACCACCGGCGACCAGGUUCAUGAUGUCGAAUUCUUCAUCCCACUCCGCAGAGACGGCUAGGAAGUGGGAGUGGAAACGUAAAGGGUCCCCGGGAUAUGCAAGGUACUGGCAUCCAAAUCGGAGGCCGGGAGAUAGGAAGUAUCCUUUCGAAUGUAAGUGGGCAAAAAGAGGGUACGACUGUGGUACAUCUGGAAGAGUGGGAGGCUGAGGGGGUGGAGCUUUUGGAAAUAAACCAUCUGAUGUUGCGGGGGUGAUUCCAAAGACAGCUUCCACGGCAAUGGAUUGUCUUGAAGGUGUAAGGGCUGAGGAAGGAGUUUGAGUAGAGCUUUCAAAGAGAUGUUCCUCAGACUCUACUUCAUUGGAACUUUGAGAAAGCGCUGAACCCUGGAUCUGCAAUGGCUCUGCCGGUUUAGCAGCGUUUCUCUUUUCUAAUUUCUUGAGUGCUUCCUCUCUCCGUUGUUCCUUACGGCCCGCCUGGGCUAGUGCUGCUUGACGACCUUCUUGCUCGAGACUCUGAAGGUAACGAUGCCGGUCCUGGUUAGCUAAGUUCUGCAUGCCAUCCUCAUGAACCUUGGCAUCAUCAACGAUAUAAGCCACGCCCUUCUCAACUAGUAUUCUUGCCUCCUCUGGCAUAAGCUCCAGGGGAAGUCCAAGGAAGACAUUCUGCUGGGGAAUUUGUGGUAGAGUUCCUAUCAGCGCACCACAAAUAUUGUGCUCCCGACGUAGAUAUGUCGCUAUAUCGACUGAGAAGAGGAAAUAAUGUCCGGAUACCAGACUUAUAGGAACUGGUAGAUCUGGGAUGCUCCCCAUGGUGAUCUAUGGGUCAUUGACCCGGAGCAUCAAACAAUGGCUCUACCCCGUAUCGAGUCAACUAGUGGGAAGAUGUUAGCCAUUUACAGUUUAUGCCAUGGGUAUCAUUGAUAUAUAGCAGUGUGCGUGUAAUGAAUCAUAAGAAAAUUUACGUUUCUCGUCACACGAAUCCAGAUUGUAACUGAGUUUUUCAGGGGAUUGACAGAUUUGUAGAGGAUUAAUCAUUUAGGAAGGGAGUGGCUAUCUCAAGAAUGGCAUUUCGAUUUUUCACUUACCAGUUACACAUUGUCAUGAGCGUCAAAUGGUUGACCAUCCUCAGUGGGUUAGGAUUUCGAAGUU